ACAGUUCGCAAUUAGGUGGAUAAACGUUUUCGUGAGUUAUUUGCUAAUACUCGUGUUAGGCGGAUUAGCGAGGAGCUUUACAUAACCGAAUUUGGAAUGUAGCAGUCCUGUGCAUGCUUUUUAUAUUUGGCUUCUUCGCGGCGCGCAUGCAUCAACGGUAAACAUGACGGACCAAAAAGAACUUACUUUUAACUACAAUGACCUUAAUUUGGAUUUUUUGGAGCUUUCCCCACCAAGAGCUAAUGCUGCUGGAGCUAUUUCAACGGUAUCUAAAUCUUUUUCGAUACUACCCAACGCAUACAAAGCUAAGCAAUUGGCACAGAGGGUGGCGCAAAAUGAUGUGCUUGUCAACCAAAUCGAAUUACUAAAAACGGAAAACUCCAAAUUGCAGCAAAUGCUAAAAGACUUCCAAAAAUCGGCAACACAUAUACAAAAAUUAUAUGAAAAUGAAAAGAAGAAAUGCAACGAUUUCCAAAUCCAACAGAAGGCAGUAGAACUCAAAUCGAAAGAACUCGAAACACAUUGCGCUCAAUUGAAUCAAGACAUGGCUGAGAAGAGAAUGCAAUUGGAACAGUUUCAAGCCAAGUUGGACGAGACAAAGGGACUGUUAAGCUAUACUGAACUCGCAAUGAAAUAUCUAAAAUUAAUGCAAAAGCUGAAUGAGGAAGAAAAUUUAAGUGUGCGUGAUAAGCCGAUGUUUUUGAAACUAAGUAAAUAUUGUGAAGAUAGAGGAUGUAAAGUGCCAAUUUUAAAAGAGUAUAAGUGGAAGCGAAUAUAUAAAAAAGAUAAGGAGGUACAAUGCAAUCUUUUGGAUUCUUGUCCACCGAUAUCGCAGGAGCUCCAAACGAAAAGUACAAUGGAGUUCCAAACGCAAACGGAUUUCCCGGAAAGCAGGGAUAUACAAAAGCAAACACUUGAAAAAGAUGCAAAAUUAGCUGCGAGUGUUCAAUCGCGCGCUGUACAAACUACGUUAAUUAAAUUGCGCACACAGGGCACGCAACAUAUUUCUACAACAACCACCCGAGGCACGUCUACGUCUUGUUUUAUCAAAAAACACAAUGUAGGCACUUGCUUCCCGGAGCCGACUAUUGUGUCGCCGUUGAACGCAAUGAUUGAUGAAGUGUUGCAAGAAUAUACUGUCUCACCGCUUAGCCCCAUAUGUGAGCUCAUCUCACUACCAUCGCAUAAUGAAUUUAAUGUUUUCCCAUCGACUACCGUGGCGCAUACGACUGUUUCACACCAGUCCAUUGGCACAUGUACCUAUUUAUGUAAUGUGGAACGACGUAUAGAUUUCGUUCCAUUAGUCACCAAUAUAAAACGCUCACAAUCCAGUUCACCAUCGAUAUUUACAUGUGAUAGUGUUAAACACGAAGCGUACGCCACGCCAACUCCUUCACCACCACCACCACCAAUACUGCCUCCCGCAUCUGACAAUAGAAAUAGCAGUGCGGUGGGCGAAGCUGGAACCAGCAAUUUGAGCAAUAUGCAACCAAUGUUGAAUGCUGUCACACACUUACCUGAUAUGCAACCAGAAGUUUUUUCUACCAUCUGGCAAAUGGCUGGGCAAAUGUUUCUGGGCUUGUUGUAUCCGCCAACGGAGAACCAUAUGCGCUUAAUACAAUUAAAUAGAGCUAACAACGCACUAAAUCAGCAGCAGUUUCACAAUUGGAUAACCUCGUUGUACGAGUCUAUUCAACAUACGCAACCGGAAUCAGCAUCAACGCCUUUACCGCAUACUGAAUGCCAGCCGCAUAUAAAAAGGGGGGAAAGAGCUUUUGAUACAGAAACUAAUACAAACAGAAUUCAGCCAACUAGUAACUCAUCACGCUGUAAAGAUACAACAACGUCAGCAGGUUCUGACGAUUGCAGUAGAAAUAAGAUGGCUGACAUGCAGCACCGCAAUGCCUUCGGUGCAAAUGAGAGCACCCAAACGGAUAAUAGUAUACCAACUAGUAACUCAAAUCUAUGUGAAGGAAAAUAUUUUGCAGAUUCGAUAUUCAAAGAACCACUUGAAGUACCAAAAAGAUCCGCCAAACAAACGCUUAGCCGUCGAGGGGCUGUAGAAAACCCCAUAUAUAUAAAAAAGCAACGGGUUAAAAGAAUGCGUAAAAAACGAAAGAAAGAAAAGCAGGAGAUAGCCGAGCAUAAGAAUAGUGUCGAAUCAGAUGCUAAAUCUGUUGUUGAAUUUAGUGGAUCUGAUCGUAAUGAACAGGCCUUUGCGACUGCUGUUGAAUUUUGUGCAAAUCUUUGCAAUUUUAGUAAUGAUCUAUGUAAGCAAACUGAGUGUGGUGAGGCUACUGUAGCGCAAAAAUCAAACACUCUUGAGGUCGGUCUAGAUAACAGUACCGUUGAAGAGCGACUAGAAUCCUGCGCGUCGAACGAAGUCAAUUUCGGGUUGGAGCAGAAUAAUAAUACAAAGCAAAUAAGAGUCAAUGUAGAAGUAGAAGUACCUGAGGACAAGCUGUCCGACAGUGGAAAUAGCAAAUGUGAUACCUUGGACGAUAUUGCGGCUAUAAUUGCUACUGAAGCGCAACAAGAAUCCUGCCAGAAUCAACUUAAACAAAAACACAAUACUGCGCAUAGUUUAUUUGGCAGCGAUUCGGAAGAGGAAGACGUAUUAAAUUCGAUUAACGUUGAUGAUAUGGCAAGGUCGGUAACGAGUUUGAUAGUACAAACAUCGGACGAACUAUUAGACAGCAAAAAAGCAGAACAAACUAAUUUAAAGAAAGAUCCAUAUAAACCAGCCGAAACGGAGAAUAACACAAGCACUCGUAUGACUAACGAAAACGAAAGCUUGCUUCGGCCUGCAACAUGUGAAUUAACCAAAACCGCAGUAGGCCACGAGGAGUACAAAGAGGAUGAAGAGGAUGGCAUGCACGUGCAACAAAUUCUCCUGGACCUUGCCAUUAGUGAUUCGGAAAGUGAUGAAAAUGAAGCAAUUAAGCUGGCUUUUUCACAAAAUUCAACACAACCGAAUAAUAACUUCACCACAGAAGCGUUUUGCGAGGUCGAUGAAAAUGAUGAUCCAUUACUUGUGAUCGUUGAAGAUGUUCCUGAGUGUACUAAUCCUUGUCAAUCAAGUAUCGAAUCUAGUCCCUCAAACCACCAGGACACAGCUUGGAAUUCUCAAUCACCUACAAAAGAUGCUGCGCAACAAAAUGAUGGCGAUUCUGACAUAUCCGCCUUGCUGGAUAACGAACUUGUCGAUGAUUUAUUAGCGAACGCUUCAACUCAGCAAUUAUGCGAUAGCAUAUUACGGGAAUCGGCAAAUGAUUUGAAGGCAAACCAUGGCAAACGAAAGCGCAAAAGCAAUACGUCUGCCGUUGUGUCUUGCAAACGUUCGGCGCGUUUGCGCGCAAAGCUCAGCAGUGAUGAAUCUCUAGCAACGCGCUCAAAGCACGCAAAUAAGGGGCGAAGCAGCACUCCCGAGCCAAGCCAGUUUGCAGAGAUACACGAUGAUAUUUCAAUGAAUUAUUAUAACGCUUGCCCAGAGAAGUCACCCAGUAAGUUGCCACUGCAAUCUAAGGAACAAAUUGACAAAAAAGAGUUUCAAUGGUUCACUGAAUUUAGGCAAAGAACUAAUAUAAGCAAAGUUGUGGAUAGCCAAAGUAUUACUGCAACGCAAAAUGAAGCAAUCGAAAAGGGCGCAGGUAGCGGCGUUUGUGAAAACUUGUCUGCAGUAAUAACGAAAGAAAGUUACUCUGAAAGCUCACUUCCAUGUCCUGAGAUUAACGAAGGCAUCUCUGCAUUUGGCGCAUCAAACACGUCCAACUCAUAUUCAAGUCCAGAAAGCUGUGAGCAAAUGCCUGCGCAUUGCGCGCCAACUAAUCAGACAGGCUAUGAUGACUCGCCUUGCUCUCCUCCACCCGCGCCAUGCAUAGACAACACCUUUGACACUACGCAACCAUGUUGUAAAAAAAUACCACUAGAAUUAAAUAAUUCCGCUUAUCCCAUCGCACGCAGAAGUAUUUUACAACACUUAAUUAACUAUUACUCGGCUAAUAUUUAUGCAAUCGUCACGGGGAAAAAGAAACCGCAUGAAUUAGCACGUAAAACGGCACUACAACUUGAGAAGUUUCUAAACACCACACGCGAUAGAGUUGAUGUAUUGGCUUCAACGCUCGCAAGCUCUUUGCAUGAGCAGUUCGACGAUUGCGAAGUAAUCGCCAACUUGAUAAUUGACCAAGUAAUCAAAGCUCCGCGCCCUGAAACUGAGCUCGCAUGUGAGGUAGCACGCGUCCCACCCAAAUGUCUGGGUACCCAUUUGCGACUCAUAUCCAUCGUAUUGCGUCACCUGCAUCACAAACGACCAGAGAUUGCCGCUGCACUACUAACGAAAAUCGAGAACAGACUCUUUAAUUAUCAGAAUAGCGAAACGAUUGCGUUAAGCGGCGCUUUAAAUCUCACACAGCUAUACCUACUUGUAAUUCCCUUACACAAUAAUCAAUUCAAUUCAGCGCGUCUGUUCCUCGCCAAGUGCCUCUAUUAUUACAAUAUUCAAGCAUCGCCGAUGAUCUACGAAGUACUCUGUUGGUAUCCUACCGCACUGCCGCAUCGCGACGAACCCAAUUAUGAUCGUUCCGAUGCGCUGAUCAUAGUCAUUCAGCAUUUGUUAAUGUGUACGACUUACAAUAUGGACAGCAAAGAUUUGCGUCAUAGGGAACUACUAUCGCUAUUACGUUUCGAAUAUCACUUUGAACCCUUUCAACCCAAGUCGCUCGAAGUGUUGUCGCUGCUGGUGACCAAACUAAAGACCGGUAACUUAACAAAUCUCAAAUACGCCUUCGCCAUCUUCUGCAAACGCCAACCUAAAUUGGUAGAGAUUUUAUUGCAGCAACAACUCCUGCCACUCGCCGAUGAGUACUACAAGCAGGUGGCGCUUUCAAGUGAAUAUGAUGAACGGGCUGCUGCUCUACUCGAAUGUAUAUCGGUGGUGGUGAAGCCACUAGCACUCGAUACGGAUGUUUCGUUUUACCUGUCGAUAUUCGAACGAUUCCUAGGUACCGUGCAGCGUCCUGUCGUACAAGAGGCGGCUGUUUUGGCCAUAUUGCGACUUCAGCGAUUCGGUGUUAAUCGCUGCUUUCAUGCACUCGUACACUUCAAGCCCAAUUAUCGCCUCCAAAUGCUCACAACCAAUGCGUUGAAGACUUUUAUACAUAAGAAACCGUUAAAGUACUGGAAAGGCUUGUUAAUGCAAACGCUCAGCAAUGAACGCUAAAAAUUGGAAAGUUUUGUAAAGAGGAAUUUUAGUUUUGUACUUUAGUUUUGAAUUAUUUGUUACGCUAAGUUACCAUGUUUGUAAUUUAAAAUAUGGACCUUAAAUAUUUAUUUUUAAUUGUUGAUGUACUUGAAUUAGAUAAAAGAAAAUCAGAGAAACAAAAUGUAUAUUUUUCCAUGAAAAAGUG